AGACUGAGAGAAGUGGCAAAACAAACAGAAAUAAUCUCCAUAGAGCAGGGCAGUGUAGUCGCAUCGUCCCUCCCCAGCUUGGCACACUACGGAUCAUUCACGGCAAUGGCACGACUGUGGGGACAGUGGUAACAUUCCAGUGCUCUGCCAAGCACCAGCUGGAGGGACCGGGCGUCAUCACCUGCGUUUGGAAAGAGAACAGUACCCAGUGGACAGCUGGAGUGCCCUCCUGCAAGUCUAUAUCAAAAUACGAGACUUUUGGAUUUAAGGUCGCAGUGAUUGCUUCCAUCGUGAGCUGUGCUGUCAUUCUGCUGAUGUCCGUUGCGUUUUUAACUUGUUGUCUUAUAAAGUGUGUGAAGAAAAGUGAAAGGAGGAGGACUCAAAGAGAUAUGCAGCUGUGGUACCAGCUCAGAACCGAAGAACUAGAGCACAUGCAAGCUGCUUACUUUGGUGUUAAGGGCAGAAACAAUAACAACAACAAUAAGAAACUCAGGAAUAAAUCCGUAUUUGAUGGUGUGACUAACAUGGCAUAUGACAACCAAGGCUUCUACAGGUAA